GUCUCGUCGUCGUCGUCGCCGUUGUGUGGAGCUGGAACGGAAAUAAAGUUAACACAGCAUAAAAAAACAAUCUAUAUAUACUUGUAAAGCUAGGCUUGCCUCUUCACACUAUUAAACCAACCAGCAUAUUUAUAUAAUAUUUGCGACUUGUGAAACUAAGCGCGUGUGCAGACUAAACGAGAAAUAUCAUUUUGAUAGCCGAAAAAUGCUGGAAACCGAAGUGCUUCAACAACCCAAUCUGAAUGGACCUGAGUCGAGCGCCACCGACUAUGAUCCGUAUGUGUGCCCGCUGAGCGCUGAGAUGAAAGUUGUGGCCAAGGAGGAGUUGCAUGAGGAUGAGAACAUUCGCCGCCAGGCACUCGCACAGUUCCGCGAGUGGAUUGCCAAGCAUCCGAACAUCAAGAAGUGCCGCACUGAUGCCGUCUUUCUGUUGCGGUUCCUUCGCACCAAGAAGUUCUCGGUGCCAGCGGCCUGUGAAAUGCUCGAGCGCUACCUGACCAUACGUCAGCUGUUCCCGCAGUGGUUCCAGCGUUUGGAUAUUGAUGACCCGGCCAUCAACGAGAUCUUUGAUAAUGGCUAUUUGGUGCCGUUGCCGCAACGCGAUGCCCUUGGACGGCAGGUGAUUUUCUCGAUUGCUGGAAAGUUUGAUCCCUACAAGUUCACCUCGGUGCAAAUGGCCCGAGUACAUUCGCUAAUCUGUGAGGCAUUGCUGGACGAGGAGGACUCCCAGGUGGCCGGCUACGUGUACGUGAAUGAUGAGAGCGGCAUGAACAUGGGCUUUGUCAGUCUUUGGUCACUGACCGAUCUGCGUAGCAUUGUCAAAUGCAUUCAGAACUCUACGCCCAUGAGGCACAAGGAGACCCACUUCGUCAAUAUCCCACACUAUGCCAAUCGCAUCAUUGAACUGGGCGUCUCCAUGCUAAGCGACAAGCUGAAGAAGCGCAUUAUUGUCCACAAGAACGUGGACGUGCUGAAAACGAAAAUGGAUCCCGCCAUUUUGCCAAAGGAAUAUGGCGGCACUAUGCCUCUUGCCGACAUGAUCAGUGAAUUCAAAAAGAAGCUGCAGAAACGUCGUGCCGCCAUCCUAGCCCUGGACGAUAUGCAGAUUGAGAUCACCAAGGAGGCGGCCAAUUUCGCAGGCAACGAUAUUGGCGAUCUCGAUGCUGGGGUUGUGGGCAGUUUUAGAAAGCUCGAAGUGGACUGAGCUACGUUUCCGCUCUGCUUAUAGACUAAGUUAGGCUAGGCCAUAAUACCAUUGAGACAUUUGACAACACGCGCGGACAUACUAGACACGUACAUGCAAAAUUGUCAUAUUUAAUCACACACUAUAUAUCUCUAAAUUAUAAAACAAUAUUGGGUACGCAGAGUUAGAGGGCAGGGGAAGUUUAUGCCGGGCCCUAUAUAUAUGUUCUGUGUACAUAAAAGGUUGGCUCGCGAUCCUCCAGCAGGAACCCUGUAGCUUCGUACUAAACAACCAAAAUCCAUGGACAGCAGCUGCAUUACGAGUUCUAGCUGUAAGUUUGUAUGUACUCGUAUGUAAUAUCCAUCUAUGUAACUAUGCUAUGUGUAUGUCUAUUUAAUAAUAUAUGCGUUGAUAUUGAAUUUCAA